UGAUGUGUCUCAGACUCCGCGAGCGCCGCGCGAGAGCGAGACCUGCGGAGCGAACGCGCCGGAUCCUGAAGCGACCGUUACCCUCCAACAGGCGACCUGCCUUUCUCCUUCCCGAUUUCCCCCGUAUUCCCUCACAGUGUUCCUUGCACUAGCGCUUUCUUUCAGCGCCGGCGCACUUUUUGGUUUAUCACAGGUGCGUUUGCUAUCCUUUGACGUACUUUUCUCACUCACUGGGAAUUUACGGACAUCUGAGGAUCGUGUGGAUGCGCGGCUUUGGAGAGAAGCGGAGAUGGAAUUGUUGAUAAUAUGCCUUUCUUUUGGGAUAUUGCAAUGCAGUUCGGUGGGAGCCGACUCCAUCAUUCACAUCGGUGCCAUUUUUGAGGAGAACGCAGCACGGGAUGAUGAGGUGUUUCAGUUGGCGAUCUCUGACCUCAGCCUCAACGAUGACAUUUUGCAGAGCGAGAAAAUCACCCACUCCAUAAAAUAUAUCGAACCCAACAACCCCUUUCAGGCAGUCCAGGAAGCCUGUGAGCUCAUGAAUCAGGGGAUACUGGCUUUGGUGUCGUCGACGGGAUGUGCUGCAGCAAAUGCGCUGCAGUCUCUCACGGAUGCCAUGCACAUUCCUCACCUGUUCAUUCAGAGGAACGGAGACGGUACGCCCCGCGCCGAGUGCCAACUCAAUCCCAGCCCUGACGGAGAGCGCUACACGCUGGCCGCCCGCCCUCCCGUGCGUCUGAAUGAUGUCAUGAUCACGCUCGUCUCUGAGCUCCGCUGGCACAAGUUCAUCGUUUUCUAUGACAGCGAGUACGAUGUGCGGGGACUGCGUGGGUUUCUGGACCAGGCGUCUCGAAUGGGUUUGGACGUCUCUCUGCAGCAGGUUGACCGGAAUGUGACAAAGGUUUUUUCCACUCUGUUCAGCACAAUGAGGAUGGAGGAGCUGAACCGUUACCGGGACACGCUCAGACGGGCCAUCCUGUUGCUCAGUCCCCGGACUGCCCAGGUCUUCAUACACCAGGCAGUGGAAACAAAUCUAGCAUCCAAAGAUAGUCACUGGGUGUACGCCAAUGAGGAGGUUAGUGACACGGAGAUCAUGGAGCUUGUCCACAGCGCUCUGGGCCGGAUGACAGUGAUCCGGCAGAUCUUCCCCCUGUGGAGGGAUACCAACAUCCGCUGCAUGAGGAACAACCAUCGCAUCUCCUCGCUGCUUUGCGACCCACAGGAAGGUUACCUGCAGUCUCUAGAGGUGUCUAGCCUGUACUUGUACGACAGUGUGCUGAUGUUGGCCAACGCCUUCUACCGGAAGUUAGAGGACAGGAAGUGGCAUAGCAUGGCCAGUCUGAACUGCAUGAGGAAGUCAACCAAACCCUGGAAUGGAGGCUGGUCUAUGCUAGACACAAUCCAAAAGGGGCGGAUUUCUGGCCUCACUGGUUUAAUGGACUUCCGAAGCAAUGGAGCGAACUCUCAUGUCCAGUUUGAGAUCCUGGGGACCAGUUACAGUGAGACGUUUGGAAAAGAUGUAAAGAGGCUGGCAACGUGGGACUCUGAUCGUGGGCUGAAUGGCAGUCUGAGGGAGAACCGGGCUGAGCAUGGCAUGCAAGGAAUUACUUUGAAAGUGGUGACCUUGCUGGAGGAGCCGUUCGUGAUGGUGGCAGAAAACAUUCUAGGCCAGCCCAAAAGAUAUAAGGGAUUUUCCAUAGAUGUUCUAGACGCCCUGGCCAAAAUUCUGGGCUUUAAGUAUGAAAUGUAUCAAGUGGCUGAUGGGAAAUAUGGUUCUCCUCAAGCCAACGGGUCUUGGAACGGAAUGAUUGGAGAACUGAUUGGGAAGAGAGCAGAUGUGGCUAUUUCAGCCAUCACCAUCACUCCUGAGCGUGAGAAUGUGGUGGACUUCAGUAAACGCUAUCUGGAUUAUUCUGUGGGAAUCCUGAUGACUAAAACAGAAGAGAGACUCAACAUCUUCUCCUUGCUGGCUCCCUUUGACCUGGCUGUGUGGGCCUGCAUUGCUGCUGCCAUUCCUGUGGUGGGUGUCAUGGUCUUUCUGCUCAGACGUGUUCAGUCUGUCCGCUCCCAGAAUCCUCCUGGGCCCCACCAGCCUGCUUCUGUCACAACGUCCUUUCAAAGUGCCAUCUGGAUCGUCUAUGGAGCCUUUGUGCAGCAAGGUGGUGAAUCCUUUAUGAGUUCAAUGGCUCUCAGGAUUGCAAUGGGAAGCUGGUGGCUAUUUACCCUCAUUGUCUGCUCGUCCUACACAGCCAACCUGGCAGCCUACCUCACCGUAUCCCGCAUGGACAACGCUGUUCGAACAUUUCAAGACCUUUCCAAGCAGACAGAGCUGAGCUACGGAACGGUGAGAGACUCUGCUGUGUUCCAGUAUUUCAGGGUGAAGGGCACGAACCCCUUGGAGCAAGACAGCACUUUCGCCGAGCUGUGGAGAACUAUCAAUAAAAAUCAGGGACAGGACAACUCUGUGACCUCUCCUGCUGAAGGCAUCCGCAAGGUGAAGCGGGAUCCGUAUGCCUUCCUGUGGGACAUGGCAGUGUUAGAGUAUGCCGCUCUGACAGAUGAUGAUUGUACGCUGGUGGUCACAGGAAACAGCAUGAGCAGCAAAGGAUAUGGCCUGGCUCUGCAGCACGGCAGCCCCUACAGAGAUCUCUUCUCGCAGAAGAUCCUUGACCUGCAGGAGAAAGGAGACCUUGACAUACUAAAGCAGAAGUGGUGGCCACGCAAAGGUCGCUGCGACCUGGACAAGCACGCGGAGCCCCAGCCGGAGGGCCGUGCCCUGAGACUGCACAGCUUUGCUGGGGUCUUUUGCAUCCUAGCGGCAGGGCUGCUCCUGGCCUGCCUGGUGGCCGCUCUGGAGUCAUGGUGGAACGGGCCACGCUGUCAGCGGGCACAGCCCAAAGAGGACAAAGAGGUGAAUCUGGAGCAGGUUCACCAGCGUUUGAGUGGGCUGAUGGAGGACGAUCUGGCGCACAAGCAGCUGCCGGGUCAGUCUCUGGAGAUCUCUGCCCUGGACAUGGGCAGCAUGCGUCCACAGCAGAGCUCCCAGGAAGUCAUGAGAGAUUUCCCCCCUGGGGGCCUGUCCGUGACUUCCUUCCUCCAGGAGGGUCCUGGGGUCGGCCGCGUGCCCGGACGGAGCCUUCCCCUCCCUCUCAGCAGUUCCACUCUGCCACCCUCCAUGCGCUGCAAACACCGGGCGCCCAACGGAGGCCUUUUCCGCCAGAGCCCCGUAAAGACACCUAUGCCCAUCUCUUACCAGGCAGUGCCCGGGGGACCCAUCCCAGAAGCCAUUGAUCCAAGCCAUGGGACCUCUAUUUGAGACGAGCGGUCUGAGCGUUCUAAAGACUUCUUGCCAAGCAGCCAAUCACAAAAACCGUGUUUGGACCAGGUCUGGUUGCAUUUAUACAAUUACAUACAUACAAACAGCUAUGGAGAUCUCUCUUUUUUUCAGUACAGAUACAUACGACUGUGAGACGCUGACUUUCCUUGCCUGUACAUAUUUGUAUAUAACGAGAGACAGCAGUGAAGUCAAAGUGUAUUUUGAAUAUUCAUGAUUUUUUUGAAGUUGAGUUUAAAAGAAGUAAUUACCUACAAUACAGACUGUUUGAAUGGCUUUGUAAAUUUUGUUCUAAAAUAAAAAUGAGAAUUCCUUGUGGAUGUUUUCUAAGUGCCACGUUUAAAGAUUUUUAUUUGAAGGAGAAGAGACGGGGAGAAAACAAGUGAAAGAGAAACAAUCUGUAAAUCUUUUGAUCUACUAAUUUUUUUGUUUAAUAUAAAAAGCUUUAAAGAGAAAUGAAUCAAAGAAACCGCAGGUUUGUGGAGGCACCGCUCACGUAACAUUUGAUCCCAGGGAACAAAGUUUUAGUAGCAGCUCUUCAUCAUAUAAUCUCAGUGUGUAUGGCAAAAUCAUCUGUAGAACAACAUACACAACACUCGCCUUUAAUAUCAAAUACAUUAUAAAAAAGACAUAUGUACAUUAUAUGUACCUGAAAUUCUGCGUACUCAUAUGUAAUGGCUGCAUUUGAGUCUUUUUAAAGUGUACUCUGAAUAGAGAGCAAAAUAUAAACAUAUCAAUAUUAACUAUGUUGUAGAAAAUUAAAUUUAUCUUGUUCCUGAAACCAGUAGUGAUUUUAACAUGUUGGAAGAAAAUCACCAUGGUGUUUGAGAUUCUUUUGGUUAUAAAAUAAACUCUUUUGCAUCAAAUCUU